ACAAAUUGGAUGCCAACCACCGUUAAACCUCAUAGAAGAAGAAUUUUCACAGCGCAAGAGUGUUGUAAACUAAAAUGGCGGCGCGGUGGGGAGCAGGCGAUGAGAUUUUAGCUCCCUGCAACAUGGACUUUUUCUCUACAAAUACACUAGACGAGGUAGUGGAUCUCCAUGGGGGCCUGUCCAGUGAAAGCCUGGCCAGACUGGAGCUGGACACAGGAGAGGCCCUGGAGGCCCUCCACUGCUGUUUGGACCCCUCCAUUCUGUCCAUCUUUGAGGACACACCCUCAGGAGAGAAUAAAUUUGGGCUUGAUGAGGUGAACCAGGCUACGCUGCUCACAGCUUUGACGGAGAUCCUGGAUAACGUGGACAAUGAGAACAUAUCACACUUUGACACACUGUCAGACUCUGACCUACUGUCUGGCCAGAAACAUCGGGAAAACUCUCCGCUGAAGAGAAUGCUGUGCUUGUCCUGCUCGCCUCCAGAGAGAGAGACACUCUGCAACACACGACAGUUCUCCACAGGAAAGAGUCUCCCCAGGACACAGAAGUCUGUCCAGAGGAGUGACGGAGAGGAGGAAGAGGGUGGAGAGCAAGAGUUCCUGAACUGGGAUGGCCUGAACCUGCCUUUCCCACUGGCUCUGGAGCAGCACAUUGGGGAAGAAGGCGAGGAUGGAGAAAGCAUGUCAGUGAGUCUAGGAGAGCUGGUCAGACAUAUGCACCCUUGCUGCAUGGCUGUGUGCAUGGAGAAUGGAGAAGGUGAAAAACAGAUGCUGGCAGAGAAAAGGAUACUGCUGGAGGAGGUGGACCAGGGAGCACAUCGAGAAUCUAUAUUUGCCCUCCCAGAUAUGGGCCUCUCCCUCUGUCAUCCCUCUUUCUCCUUGUCUGGAGUAGAAGACUCGUCCGAAGCGGAGCAGAGGGUUCCAGAUGAAGUUUUGGAGGCCGCCAUUUUGGAGACGCCUGAGUCUGCGAAUGAUUAUGUCGUAGUUGAGGAUGACCCAGCAGAGGUGGCCGGCCCUUCUGACCCCGCGGUGACCCUGAGGUCAGAGGCAAGGGGUGAGAAGGUCAUCAACAGGAGACCAAAGGAGGAGACUGCAGAGAGAUGUCCGUCUCGUAGGAAAAGGAAACGGAAAAACAAAAUGGAGAAUUCACCUCCUGAAGUCACACCUGAACCUGACCAGGCAGAGGGGAGGGUCGAGGGGACCUUGACAGGUACCCUCGAGCCUGUCAAGGAGACAACUAAACCAAAGAAAAAGGACAAGAACAUGUCAUUAACUUCCGCCAUUUCUACGGCCGUCCCCGAGGCCCCAAAACACAAGACGAGUGCGACACAUGCCACCGAAACACAACGGCAGAGCCAUGUGGAAGUCACCACCCUAGUACCACCCACACAACUCAGCAUUAAGGUCAUCCCCGCCUCUGACCUGUUGCCAAUGACUAUGACCCCUGCGAAGGUCUCCCAACCAACCACAGCCUGCAGGAAGCCUCAAGGCCCCCCAGCUUCUACAGCUAACCCAACUGCCCACCAGAUGAUGGAAGCCCCCCAGGAAAUGACAAUUAAAGCUCCCAGUGCCAACCCUGUAUCAGUGGCCCCUCAGCCAAUGAUGCAGCUCAACGUUGCCCCUCUAGUGGCCCCCCAGGCAAUCCCACAGCCCAUUGAGGCCGCUCAGGCUAUUGAACCCAAACCCAAGCCCCUGUCCCUCCAGCAGUACCGGCUGCUGCGCCAGCAGAAGAAACUUGCCCCCCUAGAGAGACUGGUGGACCAGAGCGUCAAGUGGCCCAUCCUCCUUGAGGCCCCUACAGAGCUGCCCCCCAUCCCCUGCCUCCCCACCCCCUCCUCCAGAGGCCCCCACCCCUCCCUGGGGAAGAAUGAUAUGGAGGAAGUGAAAGCAGCCUGGCAGCCCAUGGGGCCAGGAGCACCUCCUACACCUGAAGCCCUGCUGGUGCAUCCUACUUACAUGCAGUCCCCCAAAUCAUAUUCCUCUAGCAAAGUUGCUAGUGCAAACGCGGCCCUUACCACCCUUCCCCAGCAAGCGACUGUUCCUACUCCACAGUCAUCUAAAGCUAGCCAACUCCAGCCCCUAAUCUCUGCUAUGCCUGCAUCCAGUACUGUGAAGGUGAUACCACCCCAGACCCUUUCUGUGAAGUGUUGUAUACCCCAGGCCCCCCAGCCUGCACUCUCAAACCCCCUGCUCCAGUCUCAGUUACCCUCCUUGAAGCCCGUGGCCCUUAUUAAAGGAGCCUUUUCUAAAACCACUACAGAUGCCCACAGGUCCACCUUAAUUGCUCCUAUACCCCAAAAACCCACCCUUGUCGCUACUACUGUACCCAAGAGAACUUUAAACCCCAAUGCUGCUGCUGUUUGUGUACAGAAACCUAUCCCUGCUGCUCCUCUGAAGGUGGCUACUAAUCUCCAGAAGGGAGUAGUUGCUCUGCCCCAGCCUAGGGUGCCUGAGCUACCUACCAUCACUCCUGUGUCUACCCCAGCCAAGCCCUUCAACGCCCAGCGCUUCAAAACUCCAGUCUUCAACCCUCCAGUGAGGUGUUCUCCAGCCCAGGAGGCCCCCAAAGCCAAGAGUCCUACUCAGGAGCUGAUGGAGGCCUUCACCAUUGAAAUCGGUAUUGAAGCUGCAGACUUCACCAGCCUGCUGGAGCAGUUUGAAGAGACACAAGCAAAAGAGGAGCAGUGUGUUCCGGAGGUCUCUGGUAGAGCAGCCGCUGUAGGAAACUCUAGUGUGGCGCCGCCAUGUGAUAGGACCCCUGUGGAGAGAGUCCGAGCGCACGACCUGACAGGCACUGCAGGUCUGACUCCUCCAGCUACCCCUCCUCACCAGAUGUGGAUGCCCCUGGUCCCAGUUGCCCUCCUUGUUAAGAGGCGAGCCACUGAGGCCCCCAAAUUAUCGCCCUCCAACGCAAUCCAGAUUGACGCACGGCCCCUGCCCUCCAACAAGCUUCAGCGCAAGCCCCCCAGCCCCCCUAUAACACCCACACCCAAUCCAGUGUCUCUCACCCUGGCCUUCUCAGACCACGACUACUCCCUCCUUCAGAAGGAACCUAUGGCUAUUGCAAGAGAGCCAGGCAGGCGCUGGAAUGUCAAACAGCAAGCAGCCAUCACCAUCGAGCCACUUGGCAGCAACACUACCUGGGUACCCCAGAGGAUCCCUGCCCCCUCCCUCCAAACCCUCACAACUGCCCUGGGUACGAAGAACCAACAGGCUCCCCUAGGUCCCCAGCCCCUGGAUGUAAAGACUGACAGGACAAGCUCUGUGCUGGAGACCCCCGAUGCCUCUUUCACCAGGCUGAUGGACCAGGCUGGUCCCCUGGAGAGGACUCCCAAGGCAGGGAGGUCUUACCGGGGCUACAAUAAUACCUUCUCCCCCAGGCCUAGCCCAAGCCCCAGGGAAGGAAAGCGAGGAAGGAGGAGGAAAAGGAGAGUCCACCGUUCCUCCAGCCCUGGCUUUACUGACUCUGAGUCGGACUCCUCUUCUCAGUCUAGAUCUCGCUCUCUACCCAGAAAGAGGUACAGGCCCCGUCACUCUGAUAGCAGCUUCAGUGCCUCAUCUUGCUCCUCUUCUCGUUCCUCCUCUCCUUCCCUGGACUGCUUUCCAAGGCGGCGGAGAUAUUCCUACUCCUCUUCCCGAUCAAGAUCAUGGAGUAGGUCCCGUUCCCGCUCUCCCCACAGACGGGCGUGGAGUAGAUGCAGCAGACAACGCAGCCCUUUUUUCAGACCAGGCUACCGGCCUGAAUCUAGAGAGAACAGUGAGGUGGUGAAGAGACUCAAAGAUAAAGCCAUUGAGGAGCGUAGGGUUGUUUACGUAGGGCGAAUCCGAGAGACAAUGACUCAUAAAGAGUUGAAGGAACGCUUCUCUCUGUACGGAGAGAUUGAGGAGUGCACUUUACAUUUCAGAGGCCAUGGGGAUAACUAUGGGUUUGUGACCUACUACGAUACGAAGGAUGCAUUCACGGCCAUCGAGAACGGCAGCAAGCUCCGUAAGCCUGACGAACUCCCCUUUAACCUUUGCUUCGGAGGAAGGAGACAGUUCUGCAAGACUAGCUAUGCUGAUCUAGAUUCUAACCGCGAGUAUGACCCCUCGGCCCCCGUGACUGGCAAGUUUGAUGCCCUUGACUUUGACACUUUACUGAAGCAGGCCCAGAAGAGUCUGAAGAGGUAACAGAGGUCAGCCCACUGGGGGCGCCACACUAAGACUUACCUCAGAGCCGUUGGCAGGCUCCUCCCACUAUCAUCGUUGGCUUCGCCUUGACUGAGGGGUGGACCACAACGCACGGUCGAUACAUUAGCCAGCUAACAUUAAUUUACAUGCAGAGAGAACUCUUUUCUGGUUCAUACAAGACAGUUUUAAAGCUGCAAUCAGAAAUGAUAGAGUAAUAGAACCUUUACAUCUUGGUUUAAGGCAUUGUACGAAGCUAAUAAGGCAUAGUUCUAUUCAAGAAUCAAAUGUAAUCAAUGUCAUUGAUUGAAGCAAUAUAUCAGAAUCAUUAUUUGGAAACUGUUGAAUUGAGGAAGUCUGCCUUUUUAAUAUGGGUUGUUUAAGUGUGAAAUCAUUCAUGCCAUGUUCAUUUCAAGCCUGUCUAUCUUUCAACUCUGAAAUGCUAUUUCUGAAUGUUUCGACAUGUUAGCUGUAUAACACAUUUUCCUGCUUUGUGAUAUACAGUGCAUUCGGAAAGUAUUCAGACCCUUUGACUUUUCACAUUUUGUUACCUUACAACCUUAUUCUAAAAUGGGUUAAUAAAACUUCUCCCCCUUAUCAAUCUACACACAAUACCCCAUAAUGUCAAAGCAAAAACCAUUUUGAAAUUUUUGCAAAUGUAUUAAAAAUUAAAGUGUUCAGACCUUUUACUCUACUUUGUUUAAGCACAUUUGGCAGUGAUUACAGCCUCUAGUCUAAUUGGGUAUGACUCUGUAAGCUUGGUACACUUGUAUUUGGCGAGUUUCUCCCAUUCUUCUCUGCAGAUCCGGACUCUGGCUGGGCCACUCGGGGACAUUCAGAGACUGUCCUGAAGCCACUCCAUUGUGUGCUUAGGGCCGUUGUCCUUUUGGAAGGUGAACCUUCG